AUGGCCUCUCCCUCAUCCUGGUCAGCAGCCUUGCGACACACUGCCGUCCAAACCACUCGGCGGCGUCCCCUAUCCCUCCAGCUCACCGCCCCCUCCCCACUCACUUCCUCCUCCCCUGCCUCCUUCAUCGUCCGCUGGGCAUCCAUCGUCCCCUACAGUGUCAACGAGCACGCCUACUACUCACCUCCGCCUCCACCCAUGACCCCUGAGCAAGUUCGCCAGCACCAGCAACACCGGCGGCAAUCCCUUCUGGAGGAACAGAUUCAAUUGGAGCAAACUCAGCGGAUGCGGCAGCAGCGUGAGCUCCAGCUCGAGCUGGCCAAGCACCGUAACGCUAUCCUGGAACAACAACAACAGCAACAGCAGCAGCAGCAACAGCAGCAGCAAUUGGUGAAGGCACGGCGGGUUCAACAGGACAAGAUCGAUGCAAUUGAAUCAGACAAGGACAGGGGUGAGACUGUUCCUGCACAGGAAACAAGACAACGCCAGUAUAUUGCAACGCGGCAUCGUUCCAUGUUUGGAUACCGGGCACCGGGCGAAAGCAUGGCUGCUUCGGCAGAAGUGAAGGAGGAGAAGGAAGAGAAGGAGGAGAAGGAGGAGGGGGAGGGGCAGACGUCGACCCGUCGUCCAGUACGGAUCCCGUUCAUGAUCACGGCCGAGAGCAGGGUGCGUCUGACACUGUUGGACUAUACGCCCAAGCAGAUCGAUGGCAUGACCCCGGAGCAGGCCCAUGCGAUACUGUCCCCGAAGGAGCAAGAGCCAUGCGUGGAGAAGGAGCAGGACGAGGACGUUGCCAUGGAUAUCAGUAGCCUUGUCCACGGAUCAAAGUCAGCAAGGUCGUCGACUACGGGCCUGGGCACGGACGGGCAAAGCGAACACCAGGAUAAAUAUUCAAUCCACGGUGUCACUGACGUAAUGGCCGGCCCAGUCAGGUCCGCAUCCCGUGGGCAUUCCCACGAUGGACAUGUGUCUACUUCGACUACCGCGACGACGACAUCAUCCUCCCCGUCCUCGUCCUCACGGCGAUCUUCCGGUAGCUCCUCCUCCUCGUCUUCCUCGUCCUCGUCAUCAUCCCCAACCAACCUCUGA